GUUACUUUAGACUUACGAGGCCCAGAACCGAGAUUAGCACCUCAACGAACAUAUUUUCCGAUAUCUCGACUUUUUAAUCCACUAUAUAAAUCGGUCUUCGUUUCCUCCUGAACCGAUUUCCUUUUUCAGCUUGGCCUAAUCGAGUUUGUCUGAAAAGCUGGCUUGGCUCUUACGGGAAUAGCAUCACCAUCAUCAUCAUUGAAAUACCAGUUACCUUUUUGCACUGCAGUCUUCAAUAACCCGCAGUCAUCCUCUUUUCAAUAUAAUCGACCCACUUCAAUCGCAGUCUUCUACACGUUUCGCAACCUACAAAACUCAAACACUUUGCAUACAAAUAAUUCAUAUUCACACUCUCUGUUCACCUAUUAUCUUUCACCUAUCGCGAAUACCACACUUUUACGAACAGCGGAUUCAUCUUUGUAUCAACUUGCAUCGCUCACGUCAAAUGCCCUCUACUCGCUUCCUCGUCCAUGGUAGUUUUGCCGCAAUCGCUUUUUCUGCGGCUGCUGGCUCCAUUGUGGCUACCAUCAAGUUAGGUGGAUUGCAAUUCUUGAAAGAAAACUUCUUUGAAGGCCUUUGCGUGGACGUCUGGGACGGCUUUUUCUUAUCGCCUUUGAACUUGGUGGCAAUAUCAUUCUUGAUUUUCCUACCAUUUCAUUGUUGGGUCAUCAACGCACCACUUUCGAUAUUAUGCCUCACCAGUAUCAUGGGAUUCCCAUCAUUCCUUUUCUUUGCUGCAGCUUUCCUUGAAACUUCACCUGUCCUCUUACCAAUUGGAUUGAUAGUUAGCUGUUUUGGAAAAUUUGGAUUAUCAGAAUUACAACAAGCAACCCAUUCAUCUUCAUCACCUAAGACUUACAUUCAUUCCAAGUCACCUUCACCUUCGAUUUCACACCGAUCAAGUGCUUCAUCAAUGUUUAUUUCAGAAGACCACAGCACCCCUGCUUCAUCGAUCAGAAGAAAACGCAGCCACUCUUGAUUUUUUUCUUUGUUAAUACUUCCUAAUACAUGUUCAAAUCCUUUCAACACUCAAUUUUUGAAAAUAUAAACAUCAUCACCUUUCACUUGUAUUUAUCUUCUGUUGUUUUGAAUUUCACAUUUUUAUAACUUUUGAUCAUUCACACAUGUAGCAACAAUUUUAUUUUUCUUUCACCUUUUUUUCUUUUUCCAACUUUUUUUUUCAAUUAUAUUUACUUUAUUAUCUUUAGCUUCUAAUGCGUUCAGUCUCUACUGACUCGUUUUUUUCAAUUGCAAAUAUCACAUAACCCAU